AGAGGAGCUGGCUGAUGUGGGGAAACGUGUGUUCAGCUGGCAUAGUCUCUUGGAGCUGAGAUGUAAGCAUGACCCUCCUUACUCACCCCCACAGGGAAUGGAAAUCAGGGCUUUGGCAUUUCUAGGUGGGCAGAUCAGAAAGAGGAAAGGAAUGAGGCUCAGACCACGCUCACCCAUCAUUCUCAUGGCUUACUUAUCCAGGUCUGAAUGGGUCAAGUUUUCUCUCCCCAAGUAUCCAAAUCCCUUUGUUCUUCCAUGACCAGUAAGUUCCCUGCAAAGCGUUGCUUCUCUGGGACUAGGCAGUGCAUUAGAUAAAGAAUACUGCCUGAGAACUUGGGCUCACAGAAGGAACUUUAGAAUAGUUACAGGGAGAGGAGGGAGCUUCCACUGGAGAUGGGGGCAUGCCUAUCAACAACUACAGUAAUACUAGUCGUAGAGAUAGCGCCGAGGCAUUUUAUCUAUACCUUCCUCAUUUAAACUUUAUACUCAUCCUGUAAGGUGUGUCCCCCUUUCUGCAGAAGAGGUAACUAAGACCUAAGAGGUUAAGAGCUUAGUCCAAAGACAGACACGUUGUCAAUGCAGAGGCCAGAUUUGCAUUAACAACUACCAAGUGUUCUCAAAUAGGGCGCUCCCAGGAUCAGCAAGAGGGCUUCAAAAAAUAAAAUUUCCUCAUUUUACCCUGCAAAAUACUGGGGACUAGCUACAGUUAGUGCAAUAAGGGAGACAGAGUUUGAGUCUUGGAGCCAGACAACCUGGAUUUUCUUUUUUUUUAUAUUACCUGUUAAACCUUGGAUGAUCACUAAACCUCCGAACCUUCCUCAUGCAUAAAACGGGUAUAAUUAAUGUACCUGCACAAAAUGGUUAUGAAGAAGAGGUAAUUCACAUAAAGUGCUUGGUAUAAUGCCUGGUAUCUAGUACAUACUCAAUAAAUUCAAACUGUUAAUAAUUGUUUCAAGAAAGCAUUGUGUUAAACUGGAGGAAUGAUGAACGCUAAAUAAAUGAAGGAUGUCUUAGAAAAUAUCAUGAAUAAAGAAAAAAUACUGCAUGCAGAUGUGCUAUUAUGUUGGCCUUGCCUCCUGUUUUAACUUCCUAAAUUGUAAACAUCAAUUAAGAUUCUGUCAUCGGUCCUCUUUUAUUUCUAAACUUUGGGCACGUCAUGUGCACAAUGCCCCCUGACUCAUUUAUGUGGAUAAACCCUAAAGUUUUAUCUUGGGCACCAACCAUUUUCCUAACCUCCAUUCUCUUCCCACUGGAUAGAUAGUUCUUCCCCCUGGGUUCUCCACCCCAGCAGAUCAAAAAGUCAUUCUCCAAGCGUUUCUGUUUUCUUUCACAGCCCCACCAUACUCCAUGUCCUCUUGUACAUCUCCAUCCCCCUUUUUCACAUCCAGUCAAGUUGCAAUUUGGGUCAAUUACAUUGGCUCCAAAAUUAAGACUGUGCUUUGCAAUACAAAGGUUUGGAUUUCUUCCUAAAUGGUCAGUGAAUACGUGCUAAACAUAAUAACAUCACCAAGCUGGAAUUAUCACCCAGAUAAUUCUAAUGAUACCAAUUUAUGCUUUAAGACCUUUAGUUUCUGAAGCUUUGACAUUUAAAAACAAAAUUCUGUUUAGUUAACGGUUCCGCUGGAGACUAUUUUCCUUUCUCUUGGCACAGACUGACUUUCUCUUCUUUAUUUUUGGCUUGCAGAGUUGACUCUAUCAGAUCCGUCCCUCCCAUGAGCUUUACUUGGUGGGCUUUUACCUCUUUUGCAAGAGGCUUAAUGUUCUCUCUUCCAUUAAUUCUUUCUGAUUAUUGCCAAGACCUCUUCUUCUUCUGUACUGCUAAAGCAUUUUCUAUACCUUUUAUGAGAGUGAUAUUGUCUUGUGUUGUGGUUUUAACCAGUUAAUAGUACAAGUGUGUGGAAGCCAGAGACCUCCUUUUAUUUGCCUCAUGUGUAAUUGUAGUUAAUCCACAAAACCACAUCCUUAUGUGGAUUAGUGUCUUUUCAUCUUCUAGAUGGAGAAGCUGAGACUCAGAGCUGUUAAGUCAAUAUCUCAAAGGUUCCCAAGGAAUUAGGUGGAUGAUCAGAAUCCAAGUUCUCUUGGUUCCAAGGUCACUAUACUGAGGGUUGAUGGGGUGGAGGGGAAGAAGAGAAAGGAGAGACAAGACGGUUGGAGAGAUGUUGAGAAAGGCUUUAAAUUAGAGGCAGAUGUUGAGUUGAGCCUUGAUAAUUAUGAUUUCACAGAGUGGGUGCAAAGGAAGGUAUCCCGGGUCGAGGAAACAAACCAAAGUAUGGAAGCCGACCCUCAACGACAGCUCGCUGAGUGAAUGGACUAAAAAGCAGGCGUGGUUAACUCUGCUACUUUAAUAAGGGUUGUCCUUAGUAAUGGGGCUUUGUCCCCUGCGGAUUUUCCACUCACACAUUUGCAGACCUGGGUAGGAAGGAGGCUCUUCCAUAUGUAAUUCCUUUAUUCAGCAGAAAACUCUGGGAGUUGGUUUAACUUUCAGGAGAAUAGAAGUACUUUCAUCUCUAAAUGUGUAGGUUUUCAGAGUGUAGCAAAACCUGUCUGGUAAGCAGGGUCCCCUCCAUGCCAGCCUGCUGGCUCCCUUAUACCAGCCAAGACUCUGCAGGAAACACUUGCUGAGCAAGUCCACAGCUACCCCUCCAGGUGAGAUAAAAACAAAGAAAUGUCUCCCCCUGAGAGGUGGACACUAGUCUUGUGCAGUCACUUCUUGAAGUUUUAAUUUCUUAGGCCCUUCACCCCUGACUCGCCUUGGCCUUAGCCUAGAGCAGCACAGCCAGAGCCAAGAAUUCCAUGGGCCUGGACCCCAUCUUGUAGAAUCUCUGCCCACACCUCAGUGAUCCAAAGAGCUACAGAAAUAAAUGACAUGGAAAAUUAAACUGAUCCACCACGAAAAGCACAAGCUGGGUCAUAUUUAUCUCAGCUGAAUAGAAAGAGAUGGUAGGUCCUCUCUCUCUCUCUCUCUCUGAAGGCUCAUCACUCCAUUUAAAAAUCACAGUGAAUUAGGACCUCACUCAUAACCCCAAUUAGAGACACAACUGCCAAGACUUGGGACACAGCCACCAGAUACGCUUGUUAUUUAGAACCUGAUGUCAACCCUGCAGGGAGCUGUAUCUUUGUGUUUCAAAUAAAUGCCUUAAGAGAUUGCUUGUAGCAAAUGGCACUAAUACACAUUUUAGGCAAAACAAUCAAGAUGAAUUAAUAAUUCUCCCAGAGGUUAUUUAUAUAAUAUUAGGGUGGGUGAGGCCUGUGAUAUCAUGAUUCCGUGCACUAAGCAUAAAACCUGAGGCAGAAACUAUCAAUAAAAAGAUUGAUAGAUAUAACCACACAAAAACAUUUGAAACAUGUGCAAUAAAAAUUCAAUAAAUAUCUCAAUGUAGCAAUUGUCCGAUUCCUUUUCUGAAUGUAUUUAUGUUCGUUCGUUCUUUAUGAGGUUUUUGUUUCUAGUCCUUAUCUUAAACAUUGUUAUUGUUGAACUAUUCAACAUGGAGGCGGAGGGCAAUAAGCUGGAACUGAUGUUCCAGAAAGCUGACUCUGAUCUGGAUUACAUUCAGUACAGGCUGGAAUAUGAAAUCAAGACUAAUCAUCCUGAUUCAGCAGGCGAGAAAAGUCCAGUUACACUGUUAAAGGAAAUGUCAGCGAUAAAGUCUCGAUAUCAAACUUUGUAUGCACGCUUCAAACUAGCUGCUGUUGAGCAGAAAGAGACUAAGAGCUGCAUUUGUGCGACUGUGAAUAAGACUAUGAACAUGAUACAACAACUACAAAAGCAAACAGACCUGGAGCUGUCACCACUGACUGAAGAAGAGAAAAAUGCAGCAGAGCAAUUAAAAUCUCACAUGCCAGACUUAUGAAGAAAUGGACUUCCCAAAGGGAACUCUAAUAGAGAAGAAAUCAAUUCCACAAAAAUUUAGGAAGAUGUCUUUUAAUGGUUGAUAACUAGUGGGAGGGGGCUGGUGAAGGAGAAGGAGGUUUGGCUUGGACUGGUUAAUGCUGCCUUUCAUAGGACAGAAGAAUAAUAAAGUUCAGCCAAAAAGAUGGAAAAAAAAAACAUUGUUAUCG